CCAGCUGCCACAACGUCAACGCACUCUUUGCAAUUCUCCUCAACAACCACUUCCUUCCAACGAGAAGACACAAGUUGACAAGAUGAGCGCUAUGUCCUUGGAUGGCGCCAGCGACGACCCCGAUAGGCAUCUAUGGCUGGACGGGACUCCACGAGAGGAAGAUGACUAUCUGUAUAGCCGGGCUCCUCGUUCAAACCUGCCACCGCCCCCAGCCUAUAUGCCGGCUCAAUCUCAAGCUAUUCUCAAUGACCUACCUCCUCCACCGCCUCGAAACUCUUAUCUCGGGCACUCUGCUUUCGGCAAUCAGUCAGUUCCGCAUGCUGGGCCAUCGGGAUCGUCUGGCUCGCUAUGGCCAUCGUCAGCUCAGUUCAAUGCCGCAUCUACUUUUCCGGCGCCUCCUAGGAUUUCAUCAACCACUAACCAGUACGGAUCGGGUCCAACUCUGCACUCGACAAUGCCGCCUGCGUAUCCGAUUGCGUAUGAUAGCAGUGGACAAACGCAUCAUCAACAAUCCACGAUGCACGUGCCACAGCAACCGCAGCCAUUUAAUCCGCCGUCACAGUCAGUGCCGGGCUCAUGGCCUGAGUCUCCAGUUCCAGGCUACACUUCGCUAUCAAACGUCGCUGACAGCAGCCCUUGGGGUAAUCCUGCAGCAGCUUGGGAGAGCAGCACUUCUACAAGCGGUCAUUAUGGAGAUGCCGUGUGGGGACAACUCGAAGAGAGGCCUAGCACUUCAACAACAUCAAGGAGCCGUGACUCGCGUUCGUCUUCGUCUGUAAUUUCUACCUCGGAGGCCGACCUCAGUGAUACGUGGGAUGUCGACAGUCAUCGACGCGGACGCACGCGUGGCCGCAGCAGCAGGAAUGCACGCAACCGUACGCCUGUCGACAGGCACUCAUGGAGUCGCACACACAGCAGCAGGCAUUCCCGAGCACCAUCCUCAUCGAGGGAUUUUGUAAGCGAAGCCAAUAUCAACCCACCAUGGUCACUGGCAUCGUUGUCCUCAGUAUCGACAGUGCGUCCGGCUACCGUGGCAGACGAUAGGUCCAGCUCGUCGAGCGCCGCAAGUGAUGCUACAUGGACGCAGAAUACCAGGCCCGAUAUAUCGCGACCCAGGAGACCAUCACCUUCGAUGGAAGACCUUGUCAAUGCAACUAUUGCUCCCUUCCUUGAUGUCGAUGAUGAUCCUGUGCCACCCCGUCGCGCGGAACCUGAGCGACAAGGUUUCUCAGAGAACAUGAUCAGGGAAGCAAAUGUUAUCAACCGCAGAGCAGAAGAUGAACAGGAGCGCUCGAGCCAGUGGCCGGCAUCUUCAGCUUCGACACAGUCUAUUCGAGAUUACCAACAUUCUACCACCACUCGAUCGAGACAUGGUCAUCCACCCCCUUCCACCGUCUACUACAGCAGCGAGAGAAGCCGGCGUUCUACCCGUGCACCGCCUACUCCACUUACUUCCAAUGCUCUGGAGAACGUGCGAAGAAUUUACAAAACCAAACAACCCUUCUAUCCUUCUGAGAAUGAACCCUCAAUCUUCGAUGUCAUGCGAGGCGACGUUAACCCUUCCACCAUCGCCCCAUCGACGGCACAAAGCUCCAAUCGUCCCCCUUCGCACUCUCAGCGUCACCGCCACCGUGAUCGUAGCAGAGAACGCCGUUCCGACCGCCACACCACCAUCUCCAACCCUCCCUUCGACGAUCAAUUCCAGCCUGAUUCAACACCAAACCGCAGGCAAGGAACUUCCCGAUCAUCCUACGUCGAGUCCAGCUACGGAGCCUCCAGCUUCACGCGCCCACGCUCCCCCUCUCGUUCACCCUCCCGAUCCAGAAGUGACGCAUUUCCACCGUCUUCCUGGCACUCUCGCCCUCGUUCGCGCUCCCGAUCAACACGAGACGUACUCCCAUCGUCGUCCUGGCGCUCUCGCUCGCGUUCGCGCUCACAGUCCCGCUCGCGACGCCACCAUACUAACCGCAGCGCAUCUAACACUGCUGAAUUUCCUGCCACCGCAUCUACAUACUCCUCCAGGAACACAGCUAACAACUCUCGUAGUCGCCCCUACGAAGACGAACAAGAAGAAGAUGAACACCCUUCACGCCACCGUCACCAUCGGCGCUCACGGCCCCGCAACAACGACUACGAUUGGGAGGAACAGCACAUAAGCCUCUCGGGAAACAGCCGCGAGAGAUUAUCUUUCUGGACUCUGCCCGUCUCAGAGACGAAUCCUACGCGUCUCUACACCAGGAUGCGUAGGACCCGCAUCCCGACGCCAGAUUCGGAGCGGCGUUCGAGGGCGCGAGAGAGGCGUCGGGGUGGGGAGGAGCGCGAGGAGCGCAGCCGCCGACGUGGUCGUCGCGGAAAUCAAAUUCGUGGUUGGGAGGAGGAGGGGUCCUGGGGUGAGAGGACGGAGAGGAGAGUUGGGGGGUGGUGA